AGGAGUAACAGCAUCGAACUGCUCAACUCGCAAAGCUUAUAAUUUGGAUGAGUUUUCAGCCGUCCGUCUGUUCGCGCCAAGUACAUGUGAAAUGGAAAGUCACCAAUGACUGAUGUGUGAAAUGGGAAAGCAGUAGCGUGACCAGGGCUAAAAUCAAGAUGGCCGCCCACCGUAUCCGAGUAACCAACAACAACAACAUUCUGCCGCGCUGCAAGUCGGAAGGGACGCUAAUCGACCUGAGCGAUGGUGUGUCAGAAGCUACUCUCACAGAGGUCAAAGUGCCUUCUCCCAGUGCCUUACGCCUGGACACGUCGGCCUCGUUCGGCACGGCGCGCGAGGUGGUCGCCAUCAAGGACUACUGCCCGUCCAGCUUCACCACGCUCAAGUUCUCCAAGGGCGACCGGCUCUACGUGCUCGACACGUCCGGUGGCGAGUGGUGGUACGCCCACAACAACACAGAGAUGGGCUACAUCCCCUCGGCCUACGUGCAGCCGGUGCACUCGGCCUCCCACCGCCACUCCUCGCUCAGCGACAGUGGCAUGAUCGACAAUCUCGGGGACCUAGCAUCAGAGGAAGGGGCCCGGGAGCUUGACCUCCUUGGGGAGUGGAGCGUUAGCAGCAUGGGCAGUGUGAGUGGUGGUGGUGGUGGUGGUGGAGGUGUGACUCUGACCUCACCCUCGUCCUUGUCCUUGCCUUACAGCAGCAACCCCUUCUCAGCGCGGUCCACUUCGUCCUCCACCUCCACCUCCAUCUCCACCAAUCCUUUCCUCAACGGGUCCAUGCAGGGUCUGCUGGACCAGAACAGCAACAGCAACGGCAGCAGCCAGGAGAGGGCCAACCAACGCAACGCCAUGGACCUGCUGCUCUUUGACAGCUUUUCACCUUCCACGCCACUCUCGACCAGCAGCUUUAACCACUACAACUCCACCAACGCCACUACUAAUGGUUACUACGGUAACGGACACAGUAACGGGCACGGCAUCUUUGACCACCACAUGCCCAUGAGUCCGAACCUGGAGGCCUUGCAAGUGUUCCGAAAGGACAACCCUUUCCUCAGGAGCAAGAGGUCCUACAGCUUGUCUGAGCUGUCCAUCCUCCAGUCUCAAUCUGACGGCCCGCUGCCUUCGUCCAACGGCUUCUUUGGCGGCCUGAAGGCUCCGUCGCCAGAGCAGUUCCAGAGCCGGGAGGACUUCCGCACGGCGUGGCUGAACCACCGGAAGCUGGCCCGGUCGUGCCACGACCUGGACUCCCUGGGCCAGAACCCGGGAUGGGGCCAGACCCAACCCCUGGAGACCAACAUCACCUGCAAGCUAGACAGCUGCGGCGGGGUGGUCCAGCUCCCCGACACCCACAUCAGCAUCCACGUUCCCGAGGGGCACGUUGCCACGGGAGACACUCAGCAGAUCUCCGUAAAGGCACUGCUGGACCCGCCACUGGAGCUCAACAACGACCGAUGUUCCACAGUGAGCCCCGUGGUGGAGAUCAAGCUCAGCAACAUGGAGGUGAAGUCCUUCAUCACGCUGGAGAUGAAGGUGUCCGUGGAGGUGAGGAAGGAGCGGUCUAACAUGGCCGAGGUGGUGUGCGUCCGGAGCGAUUUCAAAGAGGGGCCUUACGUGCCCAUUCCUGACGCGUACGUGUAUGGCGACACGGUCCAGGUCCAGCUGGAUAACUUGGAGCCAUGCAUGUAUGUCGCUGUGGUGGUCCAAGCGAGAAGCGUCUCUGUCAUCAGCUCUGGGACGGUUUGGGAACACAUGGUGAAGAAGUUGACUCUGGGGUUGUACGGCCCCAAGCACAUCCACCCGUCCUUCAAGACCGUGGUGGCCCUGUUCGGCCACGACUGCGCCCCAAAGACACUGCUUGUGAGCGAGGUCACCAGGCAGGUUCAGUCGGCGACUCCCGUCGCACUUCAGCUGUGGGGGAAGCACCAGUUCGUGCUCAGCCGACCCCAGGACCUGCAAGUCGGCAUGUACUCCAACAUGUGCAACUAUGAGGUGAAGUCCAACGAGCAGGCGAGGACGGUGCGCGGCUUCCAGAUGAAGCUGGGCAAAGUCAGCAGGCACGUUUACCUCAUCACGUCGCGCAACGCAGACGACAUCUCCGACUUCACGCUACGGGUCCAGGUCAAGGACGACCAGGACUGCAUCCUGGCCCAGUUCUGUGUCCAGACGCCCCAGCCCCCGCCCAAGGCCAGCGUACGGGCCAACGGCCAGCGGCGGUUCCUGAAGAAGAAGGAGGUAGGGAAGAUCAUCCUGUCGCCCCUGGCCAUCACCACCAAGUACCCGCAGUUCCAGGACCGCUGCAUCACCAACCUGAAGUUCGGGAAGCUGCUCAAGACGGUCAUCCGUCAGCACAAGAACCAGUACCUCCUGGAGUACAAAAAGGGGGACGUGAUCGCCUUGUUGAGCGAGGAGAAGAUCAGGCUUAAGGGACAACUCUGGACCAAAGAGUGGUACAUAGGAUACUAUCAGGGAAAGACGGGUCUUGUGCACGUCAAGAACGUUCUGAUUCUGGGGAAGGUGAAACCGAUCUACUUCUGUGGGCCGGAUCUCACCACCACCAUCCUCAUGGAGCAGAUCCUGAAGCCCUGCAAGUUCCUCACGUACAUCUACGCCUCGGUGAGGACAGUGCUCAUGGAGAACGUGGGGAACUGGCGGGCGUUCGCCGACGCUCUUGGAUAUGGGAAUCUACCGCUGACGUGCUUCUUCCGGGCUGAGCUGGACAGCGAGCCGGAGAGGGUGGCCUCGGUUUUGGAGAAGCUCAAAGAGGACUGCAAUAACCUGGAGAUCAAGGAGAGGAAGUCCUUUCAGAAGGAGUUGAUGUCUGCCCUGCUUAAGAUGGACUGCCAGGGUCUGGUGGCGCGCCUCAUCAUGGACUUCGUGCUCCUCACCACGGCAGUGGAGGUGGCUCCACGCUGGCGGGAGCUGGCUGAGAAGCUGGCCCGCGUCUCCCGGCAACAGAUGGACGCCUAUGAGUCGCCGCACCGGGACAAGAACGGACAGCUGGACAGCGAGUCGAUGUGGAAGCCGGCGUACGACUUCCUGCUGACGUGGGCGGCCCAGAUCGGGGACAGCUACCGCGACGUGAUCCAGGAGCUGCACCUGGGCCUGGACCGCAUGAAGAGCCCCGUCACCAAGCGCUGGAAGCACCUGACCGGCACACUCAUCCUCGUCAACUGCCUGGACAUGCUGCGCAGCUCGGCCUUCUGCCCCGCCCCUCAGGACGACUUUGCCAUCUGAGACCCCGCCUCCCCUUCUCGCCUAGACCCCUCCACCAAUUACAUGAACAGAUUGGUCUCUCCAGAAUCCUGUCCUGUCCCGCCCCUCAGGACGACUUUGCCAUCUGAGACACACACCCCCCCACGCCCCAUGCCCCCACCCUUCUCGCCUAGACCCCUACCAGAGUUAUAUGAAAUAGAAGCAGAUAGCCCCACCUCUCUCAUCAUGAAGGGCCUUUCAUUUCUCCCCUGCCAAUCAACAUUCAACAAUUUCCCGCCCCUCAGAAUGACUUUGCCCUCUAAAACCACGUCCACCCAGACAGAUACCUUCAUCAAUCACAACAUCAGUCUCAUCUUUCCCGGGACCUCCGGAUGCUUUUGGCUCUGAAGCCACACACCCUGCCCCAAAAAUCCUUCACUACAAAUAAAAAGUCUCACAUCCCUGUCCCUGCUGUCAAUCAAAGCACCUCCUGAGCAGAUGGACAAUAUCCACCAAGCCUUGAAUUUAUUUUUUUCUUUAAGUUUGUUUUGGUCGUUUUCGACUUUAUUUGAUAGGACAGUGUGAGAAGUGGACAGGAAGCAAAGAGAGAGAGAGAGAGAGAGACGGGGAGGGGUAGGCAAAUGACCCGGGCCAGGAAUCGAACCCAGGUCAGCUGCAUGGCAGGCAAGUGCCCUACCGGUUGGCCACGGCAGGGCCAAGCCUUGAAUUCUUACUGUGCACAUAUCCUCUGAGGACUGUCUGUAACAUGUUGAUCUUCUAAGUCCCACCCACUUUGCCACAGACAUUCCUCUGAGUGGCUACUUGUUGACCUUUGCUCCUUGCAGCUCCGCCCUCUUAGGUAGAUGAAGCCAAGACACUGAUGAAGAGGUUACACUACAGUUUUUUGUUUUUAUGUUUUUGGAGAAUAAUAGAAAAAAAACCCACAAGGGCCAUUUUUAUCUGGCGAUGUCCUUUGCUAUUUGUAUUUUUUUAUGGAAGCGUAAUAUGGCACAGCAAUGAAUUUUAGAACCACUGUGACAAUUUUCGAUGUCAGGUUUUUUAAAAAGGAAAUAUAAAUAUAUAUAUAUAUACACGUGGAAACGAAAGCCCGUGGCAGUGUGUUCUUAUAUGUUCGAAAUCGCUCCGUGUGUCCUUCCACAAGCUGGGUCACUUUUCUGUUGCCAAAAUGAUGAAACCUUAGCCUUUAAGCUGUUUCAAUUCAGCUUUUAGCUGUGAUUUAAGAUUGCUGUAUGUUCAGACUAAACACAGUAAAAGUGUCAAGAGCCCUGGAAAUACGUAAUUAGUUUUCUGUCAUAACACUUGAUAGGCAGUGUCUGGAGAAAGCUAAACUUGACAGCUAACUUUCUGGUAAUGAGCUAUGACACGAUUCAUUGACAACCAUUCCAAAUUCUAAAAUCACUCAAACUCCUACUGGCAGUGAUCAAAUUUAUGUGGUCAAGCUGGUGUUUUAGGCCUGUUCAACAACUGCAACACUUAACGUGUUCGGUCUGAACAUACAGUACAUAGUAUGAAAAGGACACUCUGCUGAUGCUAAUUUCGAAUGAUCCCAGAGCUCUUAUUUUGUUUAGCUAAGUCUGUUUUUAUUACAAAACUCAUACUUGAGUUCCUUCUGUCUUAAUUUGAAACUUGUGAGCACGUGGCAGCCAUAGCAUUUUAAUUAAAAUCUUGUAGAAAAGAUUCAUUUUUUACUGCAGUUUUCUUGCCUAAUUGCAAUCCUCUUGGCCAACACUAGCGUUAGCAUCUGGAGCUGCUCCUUCAUCUUGGCAGCACAGUGUGGUGAUUACUGACGCUCUCAUCAUUAACAGAUGUGUUGGGUGUUUGUGUUUAUUCUGAAUUCAGCCGAUAUAAAUCAAUGGAAGCCCCAUUAUCCAUGAACCUCCAGAAUAUGGAGUGGUUCGGCUAAAAAAUAAACUAUAGAAUACAAAAGACAAAGAAAAGUCCUUGGAUUUGGUUGGACGUUGAGAGAGCCUGUGCCAGGUAUUUCAAUCAGCUGUCAUGAACUACACAAGGGUUCUUUUAGGAAAUACACAAAGUUAAUAAGACUACACACAGUGUUAAAGAGAUACAUUUUAAAGGCUGUUGUUGUCCAUGUUCAAGGACAACCUCCAGAGUCAUCCAUUGCAGUAUUAUCUUUACCUUAAAGUUUCUUAACCACUGGGACUUGUGGAAAAUGUGUAUUCUGUAAUGUUGUAUUUAUGAGGGUUGUUGCAGAUAACAGCAUACUAUAUUUUUUCAUACCACUGUUGUACCAUGUGUUGGUUUUCUCUAGUGGAGCAAAUAUAGAAGGAACGGAAAGGAAGUCUGUUUGUUUUUGUUUUUGCUUUGUUUUCAUAUCCUGUAUUUUCUGCUAUUUUGCUUUCUUAAUCAUGUGAUUUUUUUAAAAGAGAGAAACCAGCUUUCUUUGCAAGGCUUAGCUUGUUGUGUACUUCUUCAGUUGCUAGUACUGUAUGUUUGCUGCAUUUUCAUUAUGUUUGGUGUUGUUGGGAUAAUGAAUGUAUAUACUCUGUAUGGUUAGAACAGUGACCUCGUUUUGACCUUCUGUGGCUUUGUUGAGUUGGUCUCAUAGAUCUACGGCAUUUUUAAUUGUUGUUAUUAUAAUUAUUAUAAUUAUUUGCAAAUUGGCAUAGCCUACCGCUCUCAGCUGUUGUUUUGGGGAAGUUCAAUCAAACUGUUUAGCCACACAUUGCCUUUUGUUUCUCGUUACAAGUUGUGGCGACUAAAUGGCUUUGAUUGAAUUCUGCUAUUUUGUCAUAGUUUCUGCCAAACGUGAAGGGGGAACAAGAACCAACCGUGCUGUUACAUUUUGUUCCCAUGGAUUCAAUAAAACAGCCAUCAGGUACAAAAUGUUCCCCUCUUGAGUGUUGAGCUACCCAUGUGUGUGUGUCUUUUCUCUGAGUCACAUCACUCUAACAAAAUAAACAUUCACUCUCCCUCUCUUAUGCUUUGGUCUUCUAACAAAAAAAGACAUGCUUCUGGACAAUUUCCAAACCAUGGUGGACAGAUGUUAAAUCAGUGGUUCUCAAUCUUUUUUGAACAAACGCCCCCUUGACCACAUCAUACGUCGGCCAACGCACCCCUAGUAUUGAAAAAUAAAAAAGACUAAAAGACCCCCAGUGAUAAGUAAGCCCAGCACCCACUCAGUUGUAACCUUCUCAACGCCCCCUGGGGGGCCGUAGGGCUCCCGUUGAGAAACAAAAUGUGAGAUUAUCUGUUCUCCACAAGCAAGAAAGUACUGUACGUAAUGAAUGGCUGUGGUGUAGAGAUGUUUCCUGCAGAAAAAACCUAAAAGCAGUCUUCAGAAGAGGAAUAUGUUUAUACUGUACCGUCCUCCAUAUAUGGCAUAUACUGUACACAGACGGGCUCCACCCACGCCUGCACUGUGCCCUGUGCUAUAUUUCAGACGAUGUUAUUCACUGACGCAGAAGAGCCCAGAGAUCUUCUCACAAAAGGGAUGAUAGCUGUAAUGUAAUGCGCCUAUAGAAAACAAAGGACCAAAAAAAAAAUGUGGGUGUCCAUCUCUGGAAGGUUUCUAUUCACAGCGGCACGGUGUUGGCAGGUCUUGAGAGAUGCGAUGUCUCUUGCUUGCAAGACACCAGGGCUGGACUGGCCAUCUGGCAUAGCGGGCAUUUCCCGGUGG